CCGGAUAAAGACCCGCCUCCGCAUCUCUCUCUCUCUCGCUCCGACAGCGACCGGCGCAUCACCGCGCCUAUCUCGCACCCGCAACCAUAUAAAUUACCAGCUCAACCAUGUCUUCUUCUCUACUCCGCCUUUAUUCGCCGGAGAGUAACGGCUCUAACCGCGAAGACGGAAACGACGGGCGCGAUUCCCGCCUCUCCGCACUCGACGCGCCCAGCUUUGUUCUGCUUCCGCCCCACGCACUCCUCCAGGCCGCCGUGUCUCUCAAAGACCAGGUCGUCGACGUCACGUGGACGGCGCGCGGUGGCGGUGCGGGGCCGAAUGUGGAUCCGACUGUGUACACGGGUCUGCUGGGGACGGCCUACACCUGUCUCCGGUCGUUCGAGGCCACCGGAAGUCGCCGAGACCUGAACUUGUGCGCCGAUAUCGUUGACGCGUGCGCCUCUGCCUCACGCGCCUCCACCACCAGGCAUAUAACUUUUCUUUGUGGUAGAGGAGGGAUCUAUGCACUAGGUGCAGUUGCAGCCAAUUACUGUGGGGACCAGCAGAAGCAAGAACUUUAUUUGAACUGUUUCCUUGAGGUGGCACAAGAGAAGGCACUUCCAGUUGGUCCUGAAGAAGGAGGGUUCGGAAUGUCGUACGAUCUCCUCUACGGGAGGGCAGGUUUUCUGUGGGCAGCUCUUUUCAUAAAGAGGCACUUAGGAUGUGAGGCAGUGCCAGAUGAACUCCUAAUGCCGGUAGUGGAAGCCAUACUUGAAGGGGGUAGGGCAGGGUCGGCAGACAAUUCGGUCUGCCCGCUCAUGUACAGAUGGCAUGGCACGCGGUAUUGGGGCGCAGCGCACGGCCUUGCUGGUAUUCUGCAAGUGUUGCUCCAUUUCCCACUAUCUGAUGACGGCAUCGAAGAUGUCAAGGGGACCUUAAGGUACAUGAUGAACAAUAGGUUCCCUCACACCGGGAAUUACCCGGUCAGCGAGGGAAACCCCAGGGAUAAGCUGGUUCAAUGGUCUCACGGUGCCACUGGCGUUUGCAUCACCUUGUGCAGAGCAUCUCAGGUGUUUCCGGAGGACCGGGAAUUCCGGAAUGCCGCAAUAGAAGCGGGGGAAGUGGUGUGGAAGAACGGGCUGGUGAAGAAGGCGGGGCUGGCGGAUGGGGCGGCAGGAAACGCGUACGCAUUCCUGUCGCUCUACCGGCUGACCGGAGAGAGCAUAUACAAGGAGAGAGCAGUGGCGUUCGCGAGCUUCGUGCACCACCAUGGCGGUAGGGACCACACCGCGUACGGAGCGGACCACGCCUACUCCCUGUUCAGGGGGUUAGCCGGAGCGGUCUGCUUGUGGUUUGAUUUGAUGAGCCCAGAGAAUUCCAGGUUCCCUUGCUAUGAAAUUUAAGAGCCAUCAUGUCUGUGAUGAUUGAAACUACAAAAAAAAAAAAAAAGAAACAGAAACAGAAACUUAUAUGGCUGAGGAAGUAGGAAAGACACUACUUUGGUACUUUGUAUUCUCUUAGUGCUAGUGAUGUCCUACUGUAUGUAUGUAUAUACAUUCUGCUUUUAUAAUGUUUAAAAAAAGAAAAAUGUCAGGGGCACACUAAAGAGGAUUUUCUGGGAACAAAAUUUUUGGAUCUCCUAACCCAUCUCGUUGCCAAGCAGAUCUGGGAACAAAUUCUCACAAAAAAAAAAUAUAGAUUUGGAUCUCCUAACCCAUAUGCACCGCCGACCCCUUCUGUACCAUCUGGAUUUGGAUCUCCAACCCAUCUGCACCAUCUCGAUUUGGAUCUCCGAAGCCAUCUGCACCAUCUCGGUCAUGUAGAUCCACUAACCCAUCUCGCUGAUUUGGCUUCAAUAAUUAGAUCCGAAAGAAGAAAGGGAGAAAGAAGAAAGACAAGAAAGGAAAAAUCUGAAAAAGAGAAGAUAGAAAAAAGGGAGAACGAGAAAGAAAAGGAAGGGAAGAAAGGGAAGAAAGAAGAAAGACAAGAAAGGGAAAAAGAGAAGGGCGAACAGGGAGAGAGAAGAAAUGGAGAAACACGGG